CGGGCAAGUACGUCACCUCGGGGCCAGCCUCCCAAAAUGCUCGUCAUCACUCGGGGGAAAUUCCCAGCCCUGCGCGGGGUAGGGGGGUGGAGGGAUAGUAGUAGCAGCUGGAGUCCGGCGAGAGCAGCCCAGACCAGAAACAGAAACAUCGGAAGGCGCAAGCUGCAGCCUGCGAGACGGACAGCUUUGCAAAAAGCAAUCCCCGAUCGGGCAGACAACGCCAGCGGGAGGAAGCAGCGCCAUGGCUGAUGGUCAUGAACCAUACAUUGAAAUAUGUGAGCAGCCUAGACAGAGAGGGAUGCGCUUCCGGUACAAAUGUGAGGGGAGAUCAGCAGGAAGCAUUCCGGGAGAACACAGCAGCGAUAUGAAUCGGACUUUCCCGGCAAUACAGGUGUUCAACUACUUCGGGAAAAUAAAAAUCAGAAUAACGUUGGUGACCAAGAACGAGCCAUACAGACCUCACCCCCAUCGGCUGGUUGGAAAAGACUGCGAAAAUGGUUUCUAUGAAGCUGAAUUUGGGCCGGAGCGCAGAGUUCUAAUAGCUAUUCCAUUUAACCAGCUCACGUUCAUAAAAGAGAAGUCUGAAGACAUCGAGGAAACUUCAGAGUAA